AUGCUUAGACGAGCCCAUAAAAUACCCAGGACUUUCCCCUGCAGAAAAGCCUUUGGUACAUCCGCUCCUAGAUACACAAAACAUAUCCCAUCUCCAAAGGAAAUUAUUGAUGAACUAAAUUCCCGUCACAAUGCGCGCUCAUUUACUGACAUUAUAGCCGAUAUUCGCCUUCGUCAGAACCAGUUUAAAGAAACGGUCGGCAAUGAUGAUCCUAAAAUUGUCAAAUCACUUACAUUCCCAGGAAUUGAAGGUUCCACUAAGUCAAAUAUAUCUAUUUCUCAACAGUUCAUUGAUCAACAAAUGUACUUGGGCCGCGUUCUUGAAGGAGAUUUGAUUGAAACUCGCUCCGGUGAUCUGGGCGUUAUUGUCCAAGUCCCUGAUUUCGUGACUGUCCAUGAAUAUGCAGUAGUCGAUCACCAAGGAAGUGUUUCUUAUUAUACAGGUAGUGGCCGUAGCUUUACAUUUAAAAUCCCUCGCUUUGUGGCUGUUCCAGACGAUAAACCAGGUGUGCUUGCAUCUCUCAUCAGAGUCAUCAGCUCUGACGACCCUAACAACCCAGUUGUCACCGUCACUAGCCGCUUUAAAAAUGAAAUUUGUCCCCGCAUUCGUUCAUUCAUCACUCGCUCACAAAGUGUCGUUAGCCGUGUCGAGGUUGAGCUUGAAACCAUGUUUGGCGAACUUCAAGAUUCAGCAGACCCUAUCAAUGUUUCUCUUUUCGAAGUCGCCUAUACCAUUUUUUCUAAUGUUAACCAGUCAUCUUCAAAACGUGAUUAUUCUGCACUCAAGGCUCAUUUCCCCCCACAUGAUCUUGAAGGUGCUCGUCGUCGUGUUGAUAUUGAUGUUUUGUAUGCAGUCUAUACUGCUAUUAACUCACGAUUUGGUGACAAGGUGCUUUUUGAUACUAACGACAGACUCACUCCAAUCACGCUGACAUUACUACCAAUUUCCGAAGAAAACGAUCAAAAUAAAGCUAUUAAGGCCAUGAAGAUUAUUGUGGAACAUGAAGCUUCCCAAGCUGCUUCUCGCUCUUUGAAUAGAGAUAAAGAUACAUUGGAAAUUACAAGUAAAUCUACACAGAAUAAACGAGGUUCAUUCAAAGUUUCUUCUAAUUCCGCACAAGCUGCAAUUGAUAAGGCCCCAGAUCUUAUGAAUGGUCUCAUUAAUGCAGAGUUUCGCGACAAAUCUUACCUAGACGAGAUUCUCGCAACCAACUCAACCCGAGUUAUGUCAACCCACAAGACCAAUCGCUCCAUCAUUGAACUUAUUCGUCGCUUUGCAACUGGCGACAUUUAUGGUUCUUCAAACACCAUCCGUUCAGUUGUUGAAAUUUUCUUAAAGCAUAUUGACCAUUACCGCGCUCUGGCACAAAUCGCUACUGGUGCUGUUCCUAAAAAUACCCCUGCAAGUACGCUUGAAGCUCCCGUUGUAGAUGAAAGUUAUGCAUUCAACUACCUACAAAAACUGGGUUUAUUAGGGCCUCGUGAUGAUCCUGUAAGACUACAAUCUAAGCUUAAAACAUUGGAAAAGGGAGCUGCACGUCUUGCAAAAUUCCACGAACCUAAAGAUUUGAGCAAACCUUUGCCUGAUCGUCUCGAUACAAUUCGAGAACAGCUCCCUGAUGAUCUUACUGUUUAUUGUAUUGAUGACGCUGGUGCACACGAAAUUGAUGAUGGAUUAUCAGUACAAGUCCCCAAAGAUCCUAAAGCCAAAUGGAAAGUUUAUAUCCAUAUUGCCGAUCCGUCUUCAGCACUGCAAGUUGAUGGAUCUAGUGGAGCUGAUGGACUUUUGCGCCAUGCAUAUAACCAAACUUCAACAGCAUAUUACCCUGAAUCUAUUAUCCCCAUGUUCCCACCUUGGUUCACUCAAAAACUGGGGCUGGUAGAAGGUAGCAAUCUUCAACGGUGCAUGACUUUUAUGGUGGAAUUUGAUCCAGUUUCCCAAACUUUUGAUGUUGAUAACGUACAGGUGAUUGCCGGAAUAACACGGUCCAUAAAGCAAAUCACUUACGACAAGGUGGAUGAGCUUUUAAGACAAGAUACUAAAACCCCAGAUAAAACUCUUACGGAUUUGCGCAACUUGUGGCACGUGGCUAAUGCCUUUUCUAAAAUUCGUUUUGAUAGCGGAGCAGUUGGUUUGGCCAUGCCACAACCUGUGCUUAAGUUCCCCCCACCGCCUCCACUGGGAUCCUCUAAUAAGGAAACUGUUGAUGAUGUUAUUAACCAGAUUUCCGUGACUUAUAGCAAACGCAGCGUGGCAAGGGAACUUGUUGCAGAGCUGAUGAUUCUAUGUAACCAUGCUGCAGCUCGGUACACAAGUGCACACGAUAUUGCUGGCAUGUAUCGGACCCAAGACUUGCGUCUUGAAAGUGCUGCGGCUGAGGCUCGUGUGGUUGAUGCAACAAGUGCAGUUAAUAAGGCAUAUGAUUGGACUGCAACACCAUGGCAACGCGCCAAUGACGGAAUUGGACCCAAGCUUGCACUCAAAGAAACAUUACAAACACUACCAUUAAUGCGAGCGGCCGGUCUUGGGGUUGCUCGACGCCCACAUAGGGCCUUGGGUAUUGAUGCAUACAUGCACUCUACAUCGCCAUUGCGUCGGUUCCAAGACGUGGUUUGUCAUUGGCAGUUAGGAUCAAGUCUGUUGAAGGACCAAAAUAAAGACUCUGGUAAUGCAUACAUGUUUGAUGCGGCACAAGCUGACACCAUGAGUAUUAGAUUGCUGCGGACGCAGAGCAUUUUACGACGUGCACAACAACAAAGCACAGCUUACUGGGCACUGCGGCACCUUGAGCAUCGACUUGCCCAGGAAAAACUAUUGGGCAAGGACAGUGUCCCGGUCACAUGCAUUGUCACAUCACAUCCCUUUGGCGGAACACAGUUUGGCUAUGCACCAGAAAUUGCAACCAACAUAUUAAUUGACAUUGAUGCCAUUGCAGGCAAGCCUGGUGCUAGGGUAUAUUCAAUUGGCGAGUCUGUGCCGUGCACUAUUUCCAAUUUUGAUUGUGUCCAACUUACAGUUGAAGCCGUUCCAAUUUUGUAA